AUGUACGAGUUACCGAGCCUGGUGAAGACGGCGUACUACGCUUGCAACCAGAUCGAGCGCGCCAAGUAUGACUUGUUGAGAACAAGGCACGUCGAUUUGCGAAGUUGUUGCUUGUCGCUGUUCGAACUGUUCAAAGCCGAAAGAAACACAGACGAGGACGACGGCAGGGAGACAAUGUACAGCAGAUCGUCAUUGCCCAGCGAGUUUGGAAAAGUGUGCGAGUUGGCAGCGUUGUACGGACACAUCGAUUGCCUGAGACUCGCUCGUGCAAUCGGCGUACCUUGGGAUGACCGUUUAUCUUUUACCACUCUUAAUAGCAUGAGUAUCAUGAGAAUAGGUUCGGCGUGCGAAAUGGCUGCGAUAUCGGGCAAUCUGGACUGUCUACAGUAUGCACGGGACAACGGCUGCCCGUGGGACGAAAUGACGUGUGCCAAGGCCGCGAAGAACGGCCACAUGGACUGUCUACGGUAUGCACGGGACAACGGCUGCCCAUGGGACGAAAUGACGUGUGCCAAGGCCGCGAAGAACGGCCACAUUGACUGUCUACGGUAUGCACGGGACAACGGCUGCCCGUGGGACGAAAAUACGUGUGCCAGUGCCGCGAAGAACGGCAACAUGGACUGUUUACGGUAUGCACGUGACAACGGCUGCCCGUGGGACGAGGAUACGUGUUCCCUUGCCGCAUCGAACGGUCACAUAGAUUGUUUACGGUAUGCACGUGACAACGGCUGCCCGUGGGACGAGGAUACGUGUUCCCUUGCCGCAUCGAACGGUCACAUAGAUUGUUUACGGUAUGCACGUGACAACGGCUGCCCGUGGGACGAGGAUACGUGUUCCAGUGCCGCGAAGAACGGCAACAUGGGCUGUCUACAGUAUGCACGGGACAACGGCUGCCCGUGGGACGAGAAUACCUGUUCCUUUGCCGCAUCGAACGGUCACAUAGAUUGUUUACGGUAUGCACGUGACAACGGCUGCCCGUGGGACGAGUGGACGUGUUCCAGUGCCGCGAAGAACGGCAACAUGGACUGUCUACAGUAUGCACGGGACAACGGCUGCCCGUGGAACGAGAAUACGUGUUCCUUUGCCGCAUCGAACGGUCACAUAGAUUGUUUACGGUAUACACGGGACAACGGCUGCCCGUGGGACGAUAAUACGUGUUCCUUUGCCGCAUCGAACGGUCACAUAGAUUGUCUACGGUAUGCACGGGACAACGGCUGCCCGUGGGACGAGAAUACGUGUUCCUUUGCCGCAUCGAACGGUCACGUAGACUGUUUACGGUAUGCACGUGACAACGGCUGCCCGUGGGACAAGUGGACGUGUUCCAGUGCCGCGAAGAACGGCAACAUGGACUGUCUACAGUAUGCACGGGACAACGGCUGCCCGUGGGACGAGGAUACGUGUUCCUUUGCCGCAUCGAACGGUCACAUAGACUGUUUACGGUAUGCACGUGACAACGGCUGCCCGUGGGACGAGUGGACGUGUUCCAGUGCCGCAUCGAACGGUCACAUAGAUUGUUUACGGUAUGCACGCGACAACGGCUGCCCGUGGAACGCGUGGACGUAUUUCACCGCCUUGCACAACGGUCAUUUAGACUGUAUCAAUUACGCAUUGGCUAAUGGGUGCCAUCCAGAAAUGCGCGAUCACAAUGUGAACAACGGUGGAGAAGACGGGCGUUCUUCGGACGAGGACAGUGUACUCGAUGUAGCAUGA